AUGUAUAGAACUGGGAGAAAAUCUCCUCGAGGAACCCCUCUAGGUGACAAUAAGCAGAGUAUUUCUUAUUGAUACGAACCUGAACAAUGAGUUUCUCAAAAUGGUUCCGACCAUUCUUCUGUGUACGCCUAUGCGUCUCAACUUCGUCGGUAACUUCUUAUGCGAAACCCUGUCAAGUGCAUUGCGGAAAUUUCAGUAGAUGACAUCGACCCCUUUUUCCGUUGUCCGUGUACGUCGUACAAUCACUUAUGGCCUCGAGAAAGCUGUGGAACGAUAUCUAUGAAAAUGUUGCUGAAUGUUGGACAGAAUCUUGUUCCACAGAAUCUCUGAAUGCCCUACUGAACACUGUUCGGAAUAGUCUCCAACUUCUCUCUUGCUUUAAUCUCGGUUUAGAUGUUUCUGAUUAUAAUAUUCUUGUGCCGUGCGAGGUUGUUAGGUGGAACAUUUAUCAACCAACGGCCUAACGUUUCGACGUUGUCGUCUGCUUCAGAAGCCUGAAGCAACUCGAGAUUAUUUGCACAGUAUCCAAAAAGUGCAUUACCUCCUGGCGAAUGUUACGACGAAUUCAAUACCCCUAAUUCUGUAAGAGUUAGAAGUAACCUAAGUAGCAAGGGGCAGAUAGGUGAUUCAUUCAUUGCAGCUUUCUAGGCUCCGAUGAUUCUGCUGAUUAAAGGCGGCGACAAGCGAGAGGAGAAGGGCACCGAGGAGCGGUAUUCGAGGAUACGACCGGGGCGCAGGAUGGCUGCCUCGUCCAGCUGCAACUCCACACCGUUCCCGUCCACCGACUUCCGCUCGACGUCGACAUGUUGUAUUCGCUGUUAUUAGCUAUUAUUACGAUCCUGUCCGAUUGUUAUGGUAGUGUUGUUAUUAUGGAUAAAUAUUUCAAGCUGCUGUGAUCGUCUUCUACUGGAGGAGGACGAGGGAGGCCCCCUCGCCAAUAAUUGGUAGCAGCGAGUGCGGACGGAAACAGCAGGCCGAGGUAAGCUGUAAUAAGCUUUCGUUUCAUUCAUUUUGAUGCACUUUUCUUAAUUUCCUUUCCUUCCUUAAGCCUUCGUAAUCUCCGACUUGUUCAAUAGACGGCUGUUGUGAGCACCCUCCCUACUUCCUUCUUUUGGAAUUAGGAGGAGAGUUUCAUCACUCAAGCGUGACCUCACUCCGACCGUUGUCGAAAGCCUGAUCAGUCGGAAAAUAAUUGGCAAAGGCACUUACAAUCUUCUAACCCUUAUUUUUUUUUCUCCUGUCCCAGCUUAACAAACUAGUAUUUUCUUCUUUCUCCUCCUUUCAUAAUCACCGUAAAAAGUUUCCUUUCUCAACUCGUCAUAGUUCUUUCUUACCUUGGAUCUUGGAAAAGUUUUAUGUUCGAAGCGGACUUCAGUCAUCAUUACCUGCAACUCCUAGCCUGGCCAGCUAAGGGGUGCAGAGAGCCGCCCGCUCGCCAUCGUAUCUCCCCCACGACCCCUUUCUUCCUUUCCUUCGUGAUAUUUCUCCAAAACUCUACUAAUGGACGUCCGUAUCUGUAUACUUCCUUCUUUAGCCUUUUGCUACAUGCACUUUUGCGUCGUUUCCGUCCCUCGACACUCAGAUAGUGUUGAAGUCAGAACCAAUCGGUCGCAUAUGGGUUGUGAUAGAGCUCGAGUUUCUAGUAUUGGGAAAACUAUGAGGAACGUCGUACACGAUUGGGCCAGACUUUGCCCCCUAUAGCUCCAAGCGUAUAGAGUUGUAAAGGUGAAUAAUGUUAAUUCGAGGGUAAUUCUUUUAUCUGUUCCCCUUCUUACUGUACUUCUUACCAUGGAUGAAUCAUGCUCUCUCUGAUCGCGUUCAACGUGAUCCGCGCUGCGGACGGCGGUCAUGUUUACAAAAGUUGCAUUCUUUCCCACCGGCCGCGGGCAUGUUCUGUUAUCUCCGCGAUCUCCUUUCAAAUGCCAUUCGCCUCUAGGACUUAGAAUGCUUAUAUCUAAUGAUUUUCUCUGCUCCGCUCGCCUGUCUCACAUUUCAUCACUUAUUCCCUUACUAGCUCAUCUCGAGCCUCAUCGGUGCAAAAUAUGCAUGGCAUAUAAUACGGUAGCGCUGACAUUCCCACGAUGCAUUCUUUCCCAUAACAUGUAAGCGAUGCACUCUGAUUCCCGGAAACAUUGCAGGGAUUCUUCCCCCCCUCCCCACCACAAGGGGUAUAAAGCUCAGCCUAACCGCGGUUCGAGAUCUUCAAUCUCGUAUGGAAUCAUGCCUACUACUCGUAGCAUGUCCAAGUCUUCUUCCUCGUCUACCGUGGGGGUUUCUGCCCGACCACCCGACACUAAAGCUUUUAGGCUGGAAAGCCUUAUGGAACCACCAUCCUAUAUAUACAUAGUGGUACCAACGAAACCCCCUUCUUCCUCGUGUUCGGGCGGGACCCUCUGUUCAGCAUUGAUCUACUGAUUCGACACCAGAUUGAGGGCCACGUACCAGCUCUAGAGGAUAGCAGCGCUUAUGAAGGAUCUUUAGUUACAACAUUGCACGCAGCAUGGGUGGCCGCAACUAAGUAUAACUAAGGACGGAGUGCGGCUAUGAAAACACGAUACGACCGCAGCCGUCUUCCACCAGCCUCCCUUAAGGUGGGCGAUCGGGUGUAUUUACGCGGCUAUGCCCCCAAACCAGGACUAUCUCCCAAACUAUGUUACCCGUGGAUAGGUCAAUUUUGGGUCAUCGAAGUCAAACACCCUCACCUUACCAUCGUUAGUAUUUCAUCACCUCAAUCCAAGCCUCGUACGGUGCAUUUGAACCAGGUAAAGAAAUGUUUCGAAAUAUCGGGGCCUGCUUUCACACACCCAUGGCGACCAGAGGAAGAACUGGAAGAGCUAACCCGAGCCAACGCCUCUUUGACACUACCAGUAAUUGGCUCUGACUACACCAGUCUUUCAAGUAACGAAACAGUUCCAGCCUAAAAAGCCAAACCAUCUCAUAACUACAAUACGCGUCUCAGAGCACGCCUACAGUCGCUCUGACGAUAUUUCUCAUCGCUCCAAAGCCUCUUACCUAUUCACCGUUGUUUUUUCUUUUCUUUUACGACUUUGAGGUUGUUCGGAAGUUUUCGUAUCGACUUUCGAUUUUGCUGCUACAAAUCGUCUAGUCUCUCGGUAUCCUCUAUUACUGGGCCCCUCUUUCUUCGCGACCUCCGGCUGGGGCCCUUGGCCUGACAUCUAUUCUCAUGGUCGACUUGAUGUUGUCCUGACGGACGACUUAUUCUCUGUUCUCUCAUCGUGGUUCUAACGUCCAUCGCAGAAGACGAAUCCUUUACGAUUUUCAGGCUUUUGCUCAUCUGAACGAUCUCUCUAGGUAAGCAUUCAUUCGCAGCCACUCUCAAGAGUAGUCACCGUCGCUUUACGGGUAGUUCUGUUCAGAUAUCGAUCCUUUAGACGUCUCAACAUCGACGAAUCCAGCACAGGGUAG